UAAAUUUUAAUAUGCUAUCUAGAUAUAACAUAAAUGGGCGUACAAUUUAAGAAGAAAAGUUAUUAUCUGAAGGAGGAUAUGGAUACAUACUGAAAGCUAUAGAUGUGAAUACGAAGGAGGUUUUUGCAUUGAAAAAAUCUUACUGUUAAGGAGAGGAGAGAACUAAGGUAGCAAGGAAUGAAUUAGAAAUUAUGGUAUAUAAAAUUCAAAUUUUAACAAGAAACGAUUACCAAGACAUCCAAAUUUAGUUAAUUUUAUGGGAGGCACAUUCAUAUAAGACAAAGGACAAUAAGUAUGUUUGAUUUUAAUGGAAUUUUGUGGUGGUGGAAGUUUAUUUGAUUUAAUGGCUAAAGAUCCAAAUUCAAGAUUCCAAGAAGAAUAACUUCUAAAUUAUAUGAGAGUAUAUAUAAUCAUAAGAAUUUCUAAUAGGAAAUUACAUAAGGUAUAAAAUCAUUACAUACAUUACAACCUCCUAUGGCUCAUAGAGAUAUAAAAAUAGAGAAUGUAUUAUUUUAAAAUGGAAGAUGUAAAUUAUGUGAUUUUGGAUCUGCUAGUACUCAAAGAGUGGAUUUAAGGUUAGAUUUAUAUUUUAUAAAUCGUAUAGUUAAAUCAAUCAAUCUGAUUUUGUUAUUUAUGAAGAAGAAUGGGAAAAGAAUACAACAUUAAUGUAUAGACCUCCAGAAAUGGCUGAUCUUUUUUUAAGAUAUAAUGUAGGAGAAAAAGCUGAUAUUUGGAUGCUUGGAUGUGUAUUAUAUACAUUGUGCUUUUUUAUUCAUCCAUUCUAAGAAAGCUCUAAACUUGCUAUUUCUACAGCUACUUAUAAUAUCCCUAGAUAACAUAGAUAUUCAGAUAAAUUAAUUGAUUUUAUCAGACUUAUGCUUACUCCUGAUCCUAAAUUAAGACCGUCUAUUUUUGAUGUUGAAAGAAUUUUAGUAUAAUUUCAUUCAUUACCAUAUAUAUAAUUGAAUGUAAUACUAUCAAUAAUAUUAUAGGCAUAAGCUAUAGAAAUCAAAAAUAGGGAAUAUAAAUUAGAAUAAGAAAUGGAAUAAUAUAAUAAAAAUAGUUUCAAAGUCAAAAAAUUUGAUGGAGACAUUCCUAUUGAUGAAUUAAUGAAUCUAUAAAAAAAAAUCUAAACAGAAAAGUCUUAAGUUAAACAACAAUAAUAAUAAUAAAUUAGAUAACCUUAACAACAAUAUGUCUAAAAAUAAUAAGUUUAACAUUAACAAUCAAAAUGUUAAUAAUAAUAAUAAUAAUUUCAACCAUUUUCCGGAUAUUAAUAAUAAUAAUAAUAAUAAUAAUAAUCAAAAUCGUAAUAAGAUAUUUUUGCUCAAUUUAAUAAUCCCUAAUAAGGUUUUGGCUCUAAUAAUGUUUGGGACAAUUCUAAUUAAUGGACUCAACAAUAAACAAAUUUUUCAACCUUUGAUAAUUUUGGAUUUGUAGCAACAUCUCAUUCUCCAAGUCCAAAUCCUUUCUAAUGGGAUUCUUAAUUUAAUCAACCAUAAUAACAAUAACAAUAAUAAUAAUAAUAACAAUAAUAAUAAGUUCAACAAAUGUAAAUUAAUUCAUUUUCUACAUCUCCAGCAAAUAGUGCUUGGGAUAUGACUACCAAUUAUACUGAAUAAUCUCAUUAAUCAACUCAACCAUCCACUAACUUUUGGAUUGGAAAUAGUUAAUAACAAUUUGGAAUUUAAAGUACAUAAGUAUAAUCUUAAUAAUAAUUCCCUCUAAAUCCAUAAUAAGAAACAAUUGAUUUGAUAGGAUUAAAUGAUCCAUAGCCUUAAUAAUAACAGUAUGAUUUAUCAAAUAUAAUAUUAUGAGAGUG